AUGUCCAAGCCCUGGAUCCUGGUCUGCCCAUCCAGCCGGGGCAUAGGCCACGCCCUGACCCGGCACCUCCUCCAGCACACCCGGGCCCCCGUCCUCGCGACCGCCCGCGCCUCCUCCGCCGAGCAGCAGUCGUCCCUGCGCGACGCCCUGCUGCGCGGCCUGCCCCCCUCGGCCCGGGACCGCCUGCACCUCGCCCGCGUCGACGUCACGGACGAGGCCACCGUCCGGUCCGCGGCCGAGCAGGCGGCCGCGCUCUUCCCGCCGGGGCCGCGGGGUCACCACCUGCGCCUCGCGCUGGCCGUGCCGGGCAUCCUGCGGCCCGAGAGGGCGCCCGCGCAGGUCGACGCCGAGGCCGCGCUCAUGACCUACCGCGUCAACGCGCUGGGCCCGCUGCUGCUGAUGAAGCACUUUGCCGACUUCUUGCCGCGGCGCACGACGGAGCUGCUGCCGCCUCCGGAGCCAGAGCCACGGGAGGAGGAGGAGGAGGGCGAGGGAGGCAAGAAGAAGAAGGACUUGGUCGUGCUGCCGCCGAGGGCCGUGUGGGUCAACAUGUCGGCGCGGGUGGGCUCCGUGAGCGACGACAGGCAGGGCGGCUGGUACAGCUACCGGUCCAGCAAGGCGGCCGUCAUGAGCCUCUCGCGCAGCUUCGACCACCAGCUGCGGGCGCGCAGUGGCGACCGGGCCAUGGCCCUGUCGUAUCACCCGGGCACGGUCAAGACGGAUCUCAGCAAAGGGUUCUGGGAGAGCAGCGCCGAGAAGUACAGGUUGCUUGAGCCAGAGGAGGCGGCCGAGUAUAUGCUCGAUGUAGUGACGAGGAAGGUCGGAUUAGAGGGGAGAGGGAAGUGUUUCGACUGGAAGGGCGAGGAGAUUCAACCAUAA